AUGACUGAAGCGAAGGUGACUGAAGGAAGAACUGAAGGGGGGGUGACUGAAGCGGAGGGUAUAGAGAGGGAACAGGGUUUGGAGUCAGGAGGGGCAGGGGAGGGCGAGAAAUCAACGAGAGAGAAAAAUAGGGGCCAAGAAGGUGUUGGGGAAGCAGAUGGGGCGGAAGAAGUGGAUGUGGGGGGAGAGGGGUUUGUCGAUGGGGAGGCGGAAGGGAAGUUUGACAAGGAGAGGGGAGGAGGUAAGGAGAUGGGGGGAGAUGAGGACAGGAAAGGGAAUGGGGACAUGAAAGGUGAGGAGAAGGAUGGGAAGAAGGGUGAGGGGAGGGAUGAAGGGAAGGGUGAGGGAAAGGGUGAAGGUUGCAGUGACACUGGCGAGCAGGGUGAUAACAAGGGUCCGAAGGACGCCGUAGACGUGACUUUGGCGAAUGGAUCAGCCGAGGAUGGAAAGGAGAGAGGGGUGAAGGGUGAAGGGGAGAAAGGGAGUUGUGAUACGGCCAAGGGUACGGAGGGGGAAGGAGCAGGAAGGCAGGUGGAACCUCUGGAGAAGGGGGGUGUGGGAGAAGAGAAGCAGGAGCAGGGGGGAGGGAAGUUGGAGGAGGAUGAGGAGGGAGGGAGAAAAGGGGAGGAGGAGAGAGGAAGGGGGGGGAAUCUUACUGCUACAGAAGCUGCUGCUGCUACAGACAUGAACACUGCAGACGGCUCUGCUGACCGUGGCCCUCCUGGUGCACUCCCAUUGCCAGCAGAGCAGGGACAGCAGGGGAUGGAGGCACAGCCGCCCGUGGCAGCGGAGCAGCAGCUGAUGGACCUCCGCCUGCUGGCGCUGCAGAACGCUGUGCUGCCCGCGCAUGGGGAGGGGGAGGGCGCUGAGGAGGAGACGACUCAGAAUGCAGCACUGCCAACCGGACCAGAGGCACCAGCGGAGGAGCAGCAGGUGCUGCAGGAACAGCGGCAUGAGGGGAUGGAGACAGAGCUCCCAGCAGCAGCAGAGCAGCAGCAGCAGCACGAGGUGAUGGACAUGCGUCUCUUAGCGAUGCAGAACGUGGUGCUGGUGCAGGCAGCGAACGAGGAGGAGGAGAUCGACGUGCUAGAGGUGGACGAGGAGGAGGAGGAGCAGCUCAAGAAGCAGAUGGGCGUGGGGGAGGGCGGCCCUGUUGAGUACAUGGUGCUGGGGGGAGCGGGAGAAGGCCCGGAAGGGGGAGUUGGGGGGGUGAUUGGGGGAGGAGGUGAAGCGGGGGUGAUGGGGGAUGGGGUUGUGGGAGAGGGGCAGGAUGGUGCUACUGCUGGAGUUGCUGCUGGGGUUGCAGGUGGGUUGGUGUCGGAACACCCGCCUGAUGCUGCUGCAGGUGGAAUCUCAGGUGCGGUGAUGGGCGGUGUCGCAGGUGUGGAGUCAGGUGGGGUGGCACUUCCGGUGGUUCCAGGUGGUGGUGGUGAAAGUGUUGCGGAUGUAGCUGGAUCAGCAGGUGUGGGAUUAGCAGCUCUCCAUCCAUCCAGAGCAUCACCCGGCGCAACGCAAGUGCCACCACACGAUGUGACUUUUGAGUCGACUCAAAAGUCACCUCAGAGCAUCACUCGGCGCAAGUGCCACCACACCAUCCGCCCUCUGGUUCCUUGUUUUUCAGUAUCCUCCACUCUCCCACCCUUCCCCACUCUUCCAACCUACACCCCUUCCCCCCUCCCUACCCCAGCUCUACAGGGAGUCACUCGCCGCACGCGCCAUCGCACCACACGCCCCGCCUCCCGCCUGCCCUUCAUGGCCCUGGAUGGCCAAUCCGCCGUGCUCUCCCCCCACCACGCCGCCCUGUGCACCCAACCCCAAUCCCAAGCCCAAACCACGAGCCAGAGCCACGAGCAGCAGCAGCAGCAGCAGCAGCAGCAGCAGCUGCGGCAACAGCAUGCAUCGUCACCCGGUUCCUCUCCUGCCGCUGCUGCUGCUGUGCCUACCGCUCUUCCGCCGGUGGCAUCUCCUGCUGGUGUGACAGACAGCAAGGAGGGCGUGCUUGGCAGAGGAAGGCGAGGUACAGCUGUAUGCCCUGGGGAGGGAGGUAUGACUGAGGGAGGCUCGGUACCCGAAGCACCACUGGAAGCUUCGCCUCACAACGGGCCCACCUUAGGACCAGGCGAGGGCUCUGGAGCAGCGGAGGCAGGGGAAGGCGCGGGGGCGGGGGGAGCAGGGGGGGCCGGGGAGGCAGGGGCGGCAGGGGGAGCAGGGGAGGGUGGUGCGCCGGCCCCUGCUUCUGCGCCUGUGCUGCAGGCAUACCACCGGCGACGACAGGAGCAACCACUGAGUGAGUGCGAGGGGCAACAGAGGCACAGAGAGAGCAUAGUCCGCUUUUCCAUAGAGGGCCUGUCAAUGCCAGAGCUCUCAGUCUGCCUACCUGGGCUCUCAACCAAUGCUCUCUGUCCGCCGUCCCUCCUCCCUCCCCCCACCCCCCACACCCCCCAUCUGCAGUCCGCUUUUCCAUAA